AUGGCUGCACGCGGUCGAAGAAGAAGAAAUCCUUCAUGGCGGUCCGAAUGCGUACUGUUCCUUCUAUUCUUCCUAGUCCUCGCCGCGAGCCGGGACAUCGCCGUUGGAGUCCGCGCAAACGCCGCGGCAGAGCGACGAAAGGAGAUGGAUCAGAUGCUGCAAGCUCAAGUGGAUAAGAUGCUGGCGACAUUUGAAAAGGAUGCUGACGUGGCAUCGCUGACUCAGCAGCAGACGUCAUGCUCUUGCUAUCACAUUCGCAAUGAUUACUGCUGUCACCAGUACAUGUGCAUCUGCUCGCCCAUGUGCUGGAACGGCUAUGAGCUUAUUUCUCUCGGUCAACCCAAGUGCGCGCCAGCAGCAGAGCACACCGCACCUCCACCCGGCCAGGACCCCAUUCUCUCCCCCGUAGACUGCACGCACCAGCGCGAAUUCACCUCCGCACUCUCGGAUAUCGUCUCCAUAACUGCAGAAGCUCGCUUGGCUGAGCGAAGCGCAGGCGGGAGGGGGGGCGGAAGGGGGGAUGGUGGGGAAGGGUGGUUGGGGAGCCGGAGGGAGGUGGACUGGCAGUUUGGGCUGACCAUGCUUCAGCGGUUCAAUGACAGCUCCGUCAACCUCUCCCACUUUGCAGAGAAGGCCCUCACACUCCUUCUGGCCAACAACUUCACGGCGCCAGCCCUGCUGCGCCCCAUGGUCACUCGCUUCAUGCUCCCUCGUGAGGAGCUGGUUCUAGAAAAGAUGAGAAUGAAGGGAGGCGAAGCGGUGCACGCGCGGUUGCUGCAGGCAAUGAUAGAGUUCGCCGUCACGCCCGUGCUCUCCCCUCGCAUCCACAUGUCUCGCCAACUCCACGACCACAGAACACUGGGAGAUGCCCCCAUGGCAUUCGGGCUGGUGGAAUUCGAAUCCGCAUGGAACGCCGCCACCGAAGCCCGCCCUCUCUGCUUCGAAAGGCUCCUCCUCCCGGGGGUUCUCAAGGGGCAGGCAUUCCCGUCCCACCCCACCCAGGGGACCUUCCUGGACCGGCACCUGCGGGCGAAGCUAGGGUUGGAUCCGCCUGGAAAAGUGGAGUGGGGAAGGGAUGGGGUGCGGGGGUGGCGGCCUCGAGUGUUGUAUAUCACACGGCUGGGAGCGGAGUUGAAGCUUCGUCGCACCUUCCUGCCGGAGAGUCAUGAGGCGCUGCUGAAGCUGAUGGAGGAGCUUGGGUUGCAGGUGACAAUGGUAGAGAUGGGUCAAUUGACAUUUCGCCAGCAAUUCGAAGCCAUUCAAUCCGCUGACAUUGUGAUUUCCCUGCAUGGAGCUGCCCUCACCAACGUGGCUCUCUUCGCCCGCCGCACCACCGCAUUAAUCGAGGUAAUGCCGUACGGCGUCGUGCACGAGCUCUACUACUCGCUCUCGCUUAACUCGGGCAUUCCGUAUUUUCUCAAGAUGUGCCGCAAAGGGGAGGCACAGGAAGGAGACUUGGCAGAAUUCGAGGGGUUGAGCUACAAGGAAUGCAUGCACAAAAACCUUGCAUGCAAGUGGCACCACAUCCACAUACGGCGGAUCGAACUCACCGACCGGGAUUUAAUGGACUUGAAGAAGAUGCUCCUGGUUGCAAAGGAUAUUGUUGGAGCAAAAUUGGGAGGGUUUGGCAGAGACUUGCAGUCUGGGGAGCUGCCUGGCUGGGCUGUAGAGAGGUUUGGGGGCAUGUGUGUUGCUAGGGAUGUGGACUUCGAUCAUGACUGUGGGGCUGGCUUCUCCCUUUAUAAGAAUGUCGACCUCCCUAAGGUGCGAGCACUGAAUGAGGCAGUGGAGGGGAGCGCAGAGGGCGUGUUCCGCAGCUGGGAAGAUCGCAUGACCUUUCCAAGUCAACCAAUGGACAGUAACGAGGAUGAUCCAGAGCUGAUACUCUUUAUUCCAUUCACAACCGAUGUGAAGAUCAAGAGCAUCGCCAUUAUUGGGGGAGCAGAUGGGACCAGCCCUGCAAAGAUGCGAGCCUUCAUAAAUCGUGAGGACGUUGAUUUCUCUGUGGUUAAUGAUCUGACUGCAGUGCAGGAAUGGGAUCUAACUGAGGACCUUCAAGGCGAGCUCGAGUACACCACCAAAUUCUCCAAGUUCCAGGGCGUGUCCUCUCUCACCCUCCAUUUCCCUUCAAAUUUUGGGGGUGAUUUCUCUCGGAUCCACUUCGUGGGACUCAAAGGAGAGGCCACUCAGAACAAUCGGAGAGCGGUGGCUGCAGUUGUGUACGAAGCACAGGCCAACCCCAGUGACCAUGACCCCGUUUUCCACCGAACGAGCGGAACUUCACAGACCCAGGGACUGGCUUGGUCUACACGAAUGUGUUCGACAGCACUUACGAUGCCAUCUUGA